AUGGGACGUAAGCCCGUUCCUCAGCCGCUGUCCCUGGCUGAGGGCGACUCGGCUGCUGGCGCUCUAUCUGCUGGCACUGGCACACUGCCUUCUCCCGAAUCCAUUGUCCGGGGAGCUCCAGACAGACCAAGCCCACGCCCUGCAUUCAGUAGUCAAACCACUCUCCAGGUCGCCUCGCCGGCCUCCUCCAAAUCGCCAAAGUCCCCUCGCUCCCCUUUCAGCAAGUUCAAUCCCGCGAGGAAACCCCAGGCGCAACGAGAGCAGCCCCUGGCGCAGACGCAACCUGUCGAGGUACACCACCAACCCCCGCCGCUGCGCAUAGCCGACGACGUGCAUGCUGUCCAACGCCAGCGACGACACCCCCACCAGAAUGCAGAGCAUCCGUCUGUAACCUCUCCCAUCCAGCAAUCUGUCACGACACCGACUCUGCGAGAAGCGUACGGCCAUCCCGAGGAAGAGAAGCACUCGAGAAGCGGCAGUCGUUUCUUCAACUUCGGAAAGGCCUCGAGGUCAAACCAACACCUCCCUCACAGUCACACUGAGAGCCAUAGUGAGGCUAUGUCUCGCGGCACCGAGUAUGCCCCUGUCAUGACAGAUAAGGUGUCAAGCAAGACAUCCAAGAACUCAGACCAGUCGUCCGUCGAUCACUCCCACCAGAAGUCCGCACCGUCGUUGCCCUCCCGAUCCGAGGUAUCACUAGUCUCUGCCGCCGACCACGAAUCCACUUCGUCCAAGAGGAAUAAACCGAAGCCUUUCGCUUUGCUAGGUCGUAGUAGAUCUACAAAGGAUAAAGAUGGCCAUAGCCCAAAGGACACUGUCACGAUCAAUAUGCCCGAACCUGAAUCAACAGCAACCCACGCGGGGCAAGCGCCUUUGAAGACGGCGCCAAUCCACCCUGAAAGAAAUGACAGGGCUUUCAGACAUAUGAUGAGCUCAUCUGCGCGGAACCAUUCAGCGGAUCGAGCUGUCCCCCGGGAUAUGUCCGCAAACAAAGAGAAUCGACAUGAUAAAGACUACAGGAGCCACCCUUCUUCCUUUAGAGACAACCACGGCUCUACCUUCUUCGGCGGCCUCAAAAGUUCUGGCAGUCGAGCAGCAGACAUGAUCAGCAAGGGAUUAUUCGGAAAGGGUGGUCGUAGUGCCAGCGCGAAUGAGAGGGAACCGACAAUAGACGAUGAGCACUACGUUUUGAAAGUGAUCAACCGUCCACUGGUCGAACAAACACGAUUGACAAGGAUAUCCAAGAGGCUUGAGGAUUCGCGCGACAAGACAGAGUUCUGGAUGCCCGCUUUCCCAUGGCGGGCAAUUGACUAUCUGAAUUUCAACGGGACUGAUGUCGAAGGUCUUUACAGGGUACCUGGUAGUGGCCCCCAGAUCAAGAAGUGGCAAAGGAGAUUCGACGAAGAGCACGACGUCGAUCUCUUUGCCCAGGACGACUUGUAUGAUAUCAACAUUAUUGGCUCCAUGCUGAAAGCAUGGCUGCGUGAGCUUCCCGACGAGCUCUUUCCCAAGGCAGCACAAGACCGGAUCGCUCGAGAAUGCAUGGGUGCCGAAGAAGUACCACAGUUGUUGAUAGAUGAGCUAUCGAAUUUGUCGCCCUUCAACUACUACCUGCUCUUUGCCGUCACCUGCCACCUCAGCUUACUCCUCGCUCAUUCCGACAAGAACAAGAUGGAUUUUCGCAACCUCUGUAUCUGCUUCCAACCUUGCAUGAAGAUAGACGCGUUCUGCUUCAAGUUCCUGGUUUGCGACUGGCGAUUAUGCUGGCAGGGCUGCAAGAGCGAGGCCAGAUUCAUCGAAGAGGAAUACAUGCUGUUCGACCAACCGCUACCCAGGGGUCUGAGCGCCGAUGGUCGGAGCAAUUUUGCAGGCGAAUCUCAGGACGACCGCAAUAUUUCGUCCUCGGACAGCAGCAAGGAAUGGGCCUCGACUCAGGAAACGCCGCACAACGGGAUGCUGAGGAAAAAGCCAUUGGCAACGGGGCAGCCCAACGGCAACAUGGCUCCGAACUACGCGAGUGUCUCGGCAAGCCUGACCGUGAAUAAUGAACUCGAUACACGGCGGUCGGGAGACCUAAGGCCAUUAUCACCCAUCAAACCUCUGUCUCCACUUGGGUUUUGA